AUGUAUGUUUCCUCAUGGACCCGUAACAUCUUUUAUCUGUGUAUUGUCUUUCUCUGUUGUUGUAAAGUGUCCUCUUCUCUGGACGAUGAUGACGACGAUGAUAUUAGCAAUGAAUCUGUUUAUAUACGGACAGCAGAAGAAAUCGCCUCCAAGAGCAAGGUAGAUUCUCUAGGUCCAGUCUUAAAACGUCACAUUCAGGCGCUACGCCGAGUCAGCAACAAGAAGGUGGACAUUGUAUUUCUAGUGGACAGUUCUGCCAGCGUGGGACCGCGGGACUUUAAUUAUGAAAUCAAAUUCGUCCGGAAGCUGCUGGCCGACUUCACGGUGGAUUCUAACCAUACAAGAGUCUGUGUGAUCACGUUUUCCUCCAAAAAGCGCGUGCUUCGGCAGAUUGACUAUGUGGGUCAGCCUCUGGUAGAUAAGAACAAGUGCACGCUCUUAGAGGAAGAUGUACCUAAUAUCCGAUACGUGGGGGGAGGGACCUAUACCCUGGGUGCCUUCCAAGAAGCUAAGGAAGUACUGAGCACAUCGAGGACAAACUCAGAGAAGGCCAUUUUCUUGGUGACAGACGGAUUCUCUAAUGGCGGCGACCCUAGACCGGAAGCUAAAUAUCUUCGCGACAAAGGCGUCAAAAUAUUUACGUUUGGCAUCCGGAAUGGAAACGUCCGGGAGCUCGUCGACAUGGCGUCUGAUCCUAAAAACGAGACAUCUUACAUUCUGGACAGCUUCGAGGAGUUCGAAGCCUUGGCAAGACGUGCCUUACAUGAAGAUCUGGGUGCUGGGUCCUAUGUAGCGCAGUCUAUAGACAAGUGUCGCCAUCUGUGCAUCGAUCGGUCGCCAUGUUGUGAUCAGAGAGCCACGUGUCGCUGUGGUACACAUACGGGUAACUUUGAGUGCGUCUGCCGGGAAGGUUUCUAUGGAACGGGACUCUAUGGAGAAUGCUAUCCCUGUCCUUCCGGUACUUACAAAGACGAACGUAAACUUGGCGACGUAUCCACGUGUAAGAAAUGCCCGGAUGAGAAUCAGUCGACGCAGACCGGGGCUACUCACGUGAGUCAAUGCUCGUGUAAGAAGGGCUUCCGGACCUUUAAUGGGACAGGAUGCUCAGUCCUCCGCUGUCCCGAGUUACAGAGACCCAAGAACGGCUACUUCGUUAAUGACUACUGUGACAGUGUAUUUAACGCGGCCUGCGGCAUCAAGUGUAAGCCUGGGUACGAGCUGCGAGGGAACAGUCUCAGGAUCUGUCAGGAGGACGGCCACUGGUCCGGCGAGACCGCAGAGUGCGUCAUGAAAACGUGUCCUCCUCUACCCAAACCUAAACACGGGCAUAUGAUCUGUGACCACGAUGAUUUCUCGUUCUCCACGGUCUGUCGGUUUACAUGCGAUACAGGGUAUAAACUAGUGGGUUCCAGGAAGCGCGAGUGUCUGGCCAUAGCGUACUGGACAGGGAUUCCUACGCGCUGUAAAGAGAUCACGUGUCAGCCCCUACCUCAGGUUCGGGAAGGAGUUGUGAAGCCUCUGGCCUGUACUGCAAACGAAGUGUCAUUCGGAACCAUAUGUCAGGUGGAAUGUGCUCCCGGAUACUCUCUGGAGGGACCGGAGCGAAAGCAAUGUACCCCGGAGGGAAUGUGGGCCCCUGAUUCAUUUGGCGAGAUGAGUCGAUGCGAAGACAAGUCCCCUCCCAACUUGUUUUGUCCUGCCGAUAUACAGCAGAUAGCGCCAGAUGACGACAAUACAGUAGAGAUCACGUGGCAGCCGCCCCUGGCGCUGGAUAAUUCCGGAUUGAUCCCGAUCAUUACAGUGGUUCCCGCCGUGGAACCACCUAAACGUUUCCCUAUUGGUGUGACGUACGUCAAGUACAUCGCGGAGGAUCUGAGUGGGAACAGAGAAAAGUGCAGAUUCUCCGUCGUUAUCAAGGAUGUAACCCCGCCAAGGGUUGACAGUUGUUUUUCACCGAAUCCUUUUGUGUCAUCCACGUUUUAUGCGGAGGUAAUCUGGGAUGAACCUCAGUUUAGCGAUAAUUCUGGAGAAACCCCGAGAGUUGAGAAGACACAUGCACCAGGAUUGUUUCCUCGUGGGCUUACCAUAGUCACAUACCGAGCAUUUGAUGAAAGUGGCAACAACAACACGUGUGAACUAAAUAUUCAAGUUAUACCACACCCCUGCCAAUAUCCCCCUGAGCCAGUCAAUGGUAGGCGACACUGUUAUGAGACCACGGAGGGGGUUUAUUGUAAUGUCACGUGUAAUGAGGGUUUCGCUUUUGCCAUCACACCUGCAGACGUUUAUUUCUGUGCUUAUGACAACAUCUGGACUCCUGUAGACAAAAUGCCUAUCCCUGACUGCUCAGUACAAACGGUGACUAACAGUAUUGAGCUGCCCGCUUCUGUAACCUAUAUUUCUGAUGUCCCAUGCCGAAAUCAUCUGGUUCUGAAUCAGAUUCAAAAUAACUUUUUCAUCACACUCUCCGGCUUUGUAAAUGGUUUGUGUGACGAGAACAUGAUCUGUGAGGUGGAUGACGUAGACGCGACCUGUGAAGAGGAGGUCGAAGAUUUUAACAGAAUUAAGAUCAUCCUUGAAAGAAAACGCCGAGAUAUUGUCCGAAUCAUCUCCAAAGAGUCUGGAGAAGACGCCAAGGUGUCUGACAGAGAAGUGGAGAGCUCCAUCACGUUCGAAUUCCUGGUCAGAGGACAAUAUCGAAGUCCCGUGACCCCGGGGGAGUCUGUCAAAGAAAGUCAGAAGACGGUGACAGAACGACUUAAGGGGGUACUGACCACGGUGAAGACUGAGGGUAGUGGGGGGACUCUGGACCUGACGGUAGGGGGCGCUAAGGCGAAGUUCGCCAAUCUGACGGUCAGUAGAGCUGGUCCGCAGUAUAAAUGUAAGGAGGGAGGCGUGCUGGUCAACACUUCAUGUGUGAAGUGUCCGGUGGGGACUUUCUUUAAUGUGGUAUCGGAGUCUUGUUCCGGGUGUCCGUUAGGGACGUACCAACCGCUAGAGGGCAGUGUGUCGUGUCUGGUGUGUCCUGUCAACACAACCACCGACCACAAUAACUCCAAGUCUCAGGAAGAAUGCAAAGCCCAGUGUUUGCCUGGAACCUACUCUAAGGACGGUCUGGAGCGAUGCGCCACCUGUGAGAUAGGGUUUUAUCAGACUGAUUACGGACAGACUUCAUGUAGAAAGUGUCCGCCGGGGACCACCACAAAACGCCGCGGAGCCAGGGUCAUCGAGAAGUGUGAAGAACCAUGUGAGCCAGGAUUCGUGUCCUCUUCCGGUCUGAAGCCCUGUUUCCCGUGUCCUAAAGGAACCUACCAGUCAGAUCAGGGUCAGAAGGCAUGUUUUGAGUGUCCGGGGAAAACGCUGACCCAGUCCAUAGCUUCUACUGACCUCACAGACUGCAGUGGUUCACAGAGUCCCAGCAGUAAUCGUCUCCAGGCCGAUGAGCCGGCGGACGUUGUCGUGUUCAAUGAUUGUUUUCAGAACCCGUGUCAUAAUGGCUCCACCUGUCGCUCUCGACCGGUUGGGUACACAUGUGACUGUGCCCCGGGGUAUAAAGGAAUAAAUUGUGACGUCAGAAUUGAUCAUUGUGAGGGAGCCCCCUGCCUGAAUGGAGGAACCUGUAUCAACCAUCUAACAAACUAUAGCUGCGACUGUACCACUGGAUUUAGGGGAGAUAAAUGCGAGGUGGAUAUUGAUGAUUGUGCUUCGAUGCCGUGUGAAAACAAUGGAACAUGUCAAGAUCAGCCCAAUGGCUUUACUUGUAGCUGUCCUGCUUUUUUCAAAGGACCUACGUGCAAUGUUACGGUGGAUUUCUGUAAACCCUCACCGUGCCUAAAUAAUGGCAUUUGUCACCCUAGCUUGGGGGGAUACACAUGUUCGUGUCCUAGUGGGUUUCGGGGAACGAACUGUGAAAUCAACCAUGACGAGUGUGAUAGCGGACCGUGCCAGAAUGGUGGAUCUUGUGAAGACGGAAUAGCAACUUAUCGUUGUCAAUGUUUGGUUGGUUUUACUGGCGACCAAUGUGAGAUUAACAUUGACGACUGUGAUCCGGACCCCUGUGUGAACGCCACCAGGUGCGAGGACGGGGUGAACCGCUUUACCUGCCAUUGUCUGAAGGGAUUCACAGGGGACCGUUGUGAAAGAGAACUGGAAGUGGAAUAUUUACUGGAUUUUCCUUUCGCUGGAACGUUUAAUUAUACUGCAGCAACGAUUGAACGCGACCUGACAUCAGUUUCAGUCUCGUUUUGGAUGAAGUCAAGUGACACCAGUAACCAAGGAACUCCAUUUUCUUACGCCUCAGACUCCAACAUGGACAACGCACUCACUAUGACCAGCUACGACGGCUUUGUUCUGUAUGUAAAUAACGAGCAAAAGACGACAGACGUCACAGCAAAUGAUGGAGAAUGGCAUCAUCUCGUUUUCAUGUGGUCUUCUGGCCGUGGGGCGUGGAAAAUCUACAUUGACGGAGUGGUUUGGGACUCUGGACUUAGCUUUGCAGCGGGUCAUACUAUCAAAGGUGGUGGUAAGUUUGUGAUAGGACAGGAGCAGGACAAGGACGGGUCGUACAACAGCGCGGAGUCGUUUGUUGGACAGAUAACCCACCUUAAUAUCUGGGACAGGGAACUGUCCUACGACGAAAUCAACUCCAUGAAAACAUCAUGUCGGAAGUUUAUAGGGAAUGUGAUCGCGUGGCCCGACAUACAGAUGGGGCUACAUGGUGCUUUAAAACCAGAACCUUCAAAUUUCUGUCGAGGUUGCCUGGUCCCCGUCAGGCCGGUUUACGGACACGCCGCCUUCUCCUCUACUGUACCCGGGGCCACGGUCAAGUACUCGUGUUUACCGGGGUUCGGUUUCCUGGGUCGGGACACCAGACAGUGCCUAGUGACGGGGGAGUGGAGUGGGGAGGAUCUCCUGUGUCAGCGUGUAUACUGCGGAUUUCCACCAAGAAUAAGUAACGGCUAUAUUACCGGGAGAGACUAUUACUAUGAAAGCACUGUCAGAUACAGGUGUGAAAAGAACUACAGACUCAGGGGGUCUGAAAGGCUCUACUGCAACGAGAACCGCACGUGGGAGGGGGCAAUUCCCACCUGUGAAGAGAUAACAUGCCAGUUACCUUUGCUGUCUGAAAAUACCAUACCUUCCAUCAAUAAACAGCAUUACAGUACCGGCGAAACCGUGAGGUUCAGCUGUAAAGAGGGAUACAAGCUUUUAACAGACCACGAUUUUGUCUCGUGCCAGAGGGAUGGAACUUGGGACCGCAGCGUCCCGACAUGUGACCCCCAGACCUGUAAAAAUAUCCCGACGGUUGAUCAGGGGGAGGCUUCUCCUAUAAAAGAAGAAUACUCAGUGGGCCAUAUUCUCACUUUUACCUGUAACCUCGGGUAUCGAUUGUCAGAUACAAACCCAUUAGGACAGAUCAGUUGUUUACCUAACGGCAAGUGGGAAAGCAAUAUUCCACAGUGUGAAAUAGUCACGUGUCCAAGCCCGCCAUCUGUGUUGUAUGCAGUGGCUGAUGUUGAGGGUUUGACAUACCUGAGGACCGUUACCUAUACAUGUAUCACGGGAUAUGAACUUGUCGGACAAACGGACGUAUUGGAAUGUAUAGAGGAUGGCACCUGGGAUCCACUACCUCCAGAAUGUGUUCCGGUGGAAUGCGGAGAUCCCGGUUUGAUUGAUAAUGGAGAUGUUGAUACACCCAUGUAUACUUUUAGCAGUGUAGCAUCCUAUCGAUGUAACCCUGGUUAUUUUAUGAGUGGAAACGCCACACGUACGUGCCAGUCCAAUAAGGAGUGGAGUGGUGAAGCACCGACCUGCUCUCCUGUGUCUUGUGGUCUGACGGAUGACAUUGAAAACGGCAUAUCUGAGCAAAAUGGAAAUACAUUUGGAAGUAUUGCAACGUAUGGAUGUUUACUAGGUUACGAUUUACAGGGGAAAGCAGAACGAACGUGUGAGGCAAGUGGCGUCUGGUCUGGUUCGCCACCUGGAUGUACAAAGAAGGAAUGUGGUGCCCCUCCGAUCAUCAACCACGGUCAGCAGAAAUCAAGCGGUGUGUACUAUCAAGACACGGUAACUUAUAGCUGUGAGUUGGGGUAUAGGUUGAAUGGUCUCGAUACACUGCACUGUGGAACCAGAGGACGAUGGGAGCCCACUCCUCCUAUUUGUGAGGAAGUCACGUGUCCGACACCAGAAAGUAUACCAUAUGGGAAUUAUACUCUAAACGGAAAUGUAUUUGGUUCAAUAGUGGAUUAUUUCUGUUUACAAGGAUACAAACUUGCAACUGAAUCGGCCAGAGUUUGUCAACCAGACGGGACAUGGUCAAGUAGUCUACCGUCGUGUGUUGCUGAUGAAUGUCCUCCGCCAUUACCGGUUGAAAACGGUAAAUUUGAUUUCAAGGAUAGGCAGCUUGGAUCUGUAGUGCUGUAUUCGUGCAAUCCAGGAUUUAAACUAGUUGGAAGUGAUGUUCGCCGAUGCGAAAAUGCGUUAACAUGGAGCGGUAACGAACCAGUCUGUACACCCAAGUCUUGCACGGAUCCGAAUGAUAUUAUGAAUGGAACGAAAAAUGUGUCUGGUUUGUUGUACAAUUCGAUUGUAACGUAUGAGUGUGAUGUUGGAUAUCUACUCAGAGGUCCUUCAAAACGUACAUGUCAGUCCUCAGGGACCUGGUCUGGAACGGAGCCGUCAUGUGAUAUUGUUGUUUGCGACACUCCUUCUAAAGUGACAUCGAAUGGCAGAAGCUUUGGGAACUCAUCUACAUACAAUUCGGUCGUUACAUACGAAUGUGACCCAGGGUACAAUCUGAAUGGCGCUAAGAGUAGACGCUGUCUCACUAGCGGACAGUGGGAUUUUGAGAUACCGAUAUGUGAAGUAGUUCAAUGUCCUCGUCCUCACCUUUCAAAUGGUAUUUUCUCGAAUUUCAAGACAGAAUAUUUAUCUAACGUAACCUUUCAGUGUCGUACUGGUUAUGUAUUGUUUGGUGCUUCAGAGAGAACUUGUUUAGAAAGUGGAUUGUGGAGUGGACAAAGCCCUAUAUGUGUCAAAAGGAGAGAACCACCAGUUGUAGAAUAUGCUUCAGUGUUAAGUAAUGGCAACUCUGUCGUAUAUUCCUGUCUUUAUGGUUAUAAAAUGGUUGGGAACACAAAUCUUCAGUUUGAAUCAGACGGGCAGUGGCAUGGAGUUAAACCUGAAUGUGUGCCUGUAGAGUGUAAUACAACGAGCCUAAACAUAGAUAGUUUUGCGCAUGGAAUAGUUGAGUUGGACAAUAUUACAGUGGGAAGUACAGCUGUAUAUCGAUGCGACCGAGGGUACAGACUCCUCGGAGAUGCAACUCGUACUUGUUUAUUCAACGGCCUCUGGAGUGGAUUCAGUCCAAUUUGUAACAUUGUUUAUUGCCCCGGUAAUUUUGUAAUAGAGCAUGGUAGUAUUUCCGGAACAGCUUAUCAUUUUAACGCAUCUUUACGUUUUGCUUGUUCACCUGGGUAUCAUUUAGUUGGAGACGAGGUUAUUACUUGUCUAGAAAACGCUUCAUGGAGUGGAUCUAAUCCGAGAUGUGAGAGAAUAACCUGCCCGGUGCCGAGGGGAUCGGGUGACCCCUCCGUCUCCUACGCCACACUAACUGUAGGUAGUACUGUGGAAUACCGAUGUUCUCAAACACACAAGCUGAUUGGAGAAUCUUCUAGAACAUGUCUACCUACAGGACAAUGGUCAGGACAAUCACCAUCUUGCCAGUUAAUUCAGUGCAAAACUCCAUCUUUUGUAAAUGGCAGAGUUAACGUUAAUUCAAACACUUUAGGAGGGUUCCUGACCUACGCUUGUGAUGAAGGCUAUCGUUUGGAGGGCAUUUCUUGGAGAUUUUGUACCAGUAAUGAAACAUGGAGUGGAAAGGAGCCAUCUUGUAUUGCUAUUAAAUGUUCACCUCCAAGGUCCAUUGAUAAUGGGAUAGUCUUGGAUAACGGCAGGACAGAGUUCUUUUACGGUGACAUGGUGCGGUAUAAAUGUACGGAGGGCCACGUAAUGCAGGACGGAGAUGCAGAUCACAUCUGUCAAGAUACCGGGUCCUGGUCGGGUCGCUUACCUAUCUGUGUUACUGUAGCAUGUGGUUCAGUUCCAUACGUACCUCACUCGCAGACCACACUGUUGAAUGGAACUCUAACCUACAACUCUGUUGUAAAGUACACCUGUGCUCAGGGAUAUACAAGUCAGAGUGACGCUAUCGACAUCAGCAAAUGUCAACCAAACGGAGCUUGGUCUGUCGUAACUAUAACGUGUUCUAUAGUUCAUUGCCCGACGUUCCCACUAAUUGCCCACGGAACUGUUACUGGAGAGAAUGUUGCUUAUGGUAGUCAUAUUUCAGUUUUUUGCGAUGACGGUUUUUCACUCAUUGGCGAUAGUCAAAUAGGAUGCCUUGCCAACGGAAGUUGGAAUAUCACACAAACUCCUCGUUGUCAGCAAAUCCUCUGUCCUACACCGGAUUCCAUUUCGAAUGGAAACGUGUACUUCAGUGAUUUAACUGUCGGUGUGACAGUAAACUACACCUGUAGUUCUGGAUUCAAACUGAUUGGUGACAAUCAAAGAAGGUGUUCCCAGGCAGGUGAAUGGACCGGAAGUGUUCCAGUAUGUGAACAACAAGUCUGCAAGGAACCCCCUAUUUUCCCAAAUACUGUCGUUUCCAGGAAUAGAACAGAGUAUCGUGUGUCAGAUUCAGCUCAAUACUCAUGUCUACCAGGAUACACAAUGUCUGUACAGAGCACAACUCGGUGCAACAGUUUAGGAAUUUGGGAAGGGUCAGGUCCAUCAUGCACCAAAAUCAAAUGUGAACAGCCUAGAGCAUUUGAAAAUGGUAGAACUCAAUAUGUUGACGUAUCUUUUGGCAGUGAGGUAAAUUUCACUUGUAACAAAGGUUAUAUCCUUUCUGGAGCUAGUAGUAUAAGUUGUCUCGAAACUGGUGUAUGGAGUAGUUCCACUCCUUCUUGCCAACCCAUAAGUUGCCCAUCCCCUACAUACGUGGAAAACAGUAUUAUUGUUGGCGACGUUUAUACUUACGGAAAUAUGGUGACAUACCUUUGUGAUGAAGGGUAUGAGCAAAGUGGAGCAAGGGAUUUGAUUUGCCAAGCAGAUGGGACUUGGUCCAGUACUCCUUCCCAAUGUCAAAAAGUUCGAUGCAGACCACCCCCAGCAAUAGCACACACAAGAGUGAACAGAAAAGAGUUUUUCUUCCAAGAUAGAGUAAUAUAUGAAUGUGAAGAAGGAUACAUCUUGAUUGGUAGUGCUACCCUUCAGUGUGGCUCUAAUUCAAGUUGGCUAGGAGUGGAGCCUCGUUGUGAAAUAAUAUCUUGUGGAGAUCCUCCUGAAGUUAUGCAUGCAGCUGUUAGGACGACUGGACGAACAUACAAUGCUAUGGCGACAUAUAUGUGCGAUUCAGGGUAUACAAGAAACGGAGACCCGAUUGCCACUUGCACUGCAGAUGCAGCUUGGGCUUUAAGCGCAGAUUUAAGUUGUAUUCCUGUAAAUUGUGGGUUUCCCCCAAAUAUUCCUAACGGAGUUUCGGAUUUCACCUCAACAGACUACCUUUCUUAUGUCGUAUACCGGUGUAACCAUGGGUACACUUUGCAUGGAAAAAGUCGCGUUCAGUGUGGAGAGAUCGGAGUCUGGGAUACGUCACUUCCGGCGUGUUUGAUAGCCAGUUGUCCUCCGCCGGUUAUCUCUAGUAAUGUUUUCAUCCUAAAUGGAAGCUACAGUGUCGGUGAUACUGUGGUGUUUGGCUGUAGGGAUGGUCACGUCAUUUCCGGACAAUCCCAGAGUACAUGUACUUCUAGCGGGGUUUGGAGUUCCAGCGUUCCUGUUUGUAAAAGAGUGCGAUGCCCUGUGCUGAGUCUCUCGGGAUCCGGUUUGUUACCAAGUGUUAAUAAGGACGACUUUGUGUUCGGUGAUCACGUGUCUUUCACGUGUACACAAGGAUAUGUUAUUGUGGGUGGCACAAGACUCGAGUGUCAGUCUGAUGGCACCUGGAGCGGGUCUCUACCUAUCUGUACACCACAGGCGGUAGCAGCUUGUCCCAUUGAGACGGGGAUCCCUAGUACACAGAAUUUCAGCCAGGGUUUUCCGGUGGGUCAUACAAGAAUGGCGGUCUGUAAAGCCGGGUAUGAGGAGGCAGGAAGUUUAGAAGUCACGUGUCAAGCCAAUCAAAAAUGGUCGACACCCAGCGGUUACUGUAGAAAGCUGUAUUGUGGGAAGCCUCCUAUCACCGACAUGGUGAAUGUCAUCCGAGUCCAAGGGAGAUCUUAUUUCUACAAAGAUCAGGUUCGCUAUCAAUGUAGACCCGGUAUUCCACCAAUGAAAAUUCCCCCAGUCAUCACGUGCACUGACAGUGGCCAAUGGGACGGCAAAAUAGCAUGUUAUAUGCCGUGUAAGGGCGGAUGUAGGAACGGAGGGACUUGUCUCGGAUACCUUGGCUGUAAAUGUCCCGUAGGAUAUGGCGGGAAAAGAUGUGAAAGGGCUUUGUGCAUUCUGCCCUGUCUUCACCGAGGUCGGUGUGUAGCACCCUAUCAGUGCGCAUGUCCACGUGGCUAUACAGGAUCCCGCUGUCAGUCUGCCGUGUGUGACCCGCCCUGUGCGAACAGAGGAAUCUGUGAACAACCAAACGUCUGUCGAUGUCAGCAUGGCUUCCAAGGACCACGUUGUAAAAGUUCGGAUCUGCGGACAUUUGAGCGGGCAGCUCGAGCUCGACAGUCCACAACCACCAGUACAACAGCGGCCCCGGGGUGGUCCUGGCGGUAGAGUGCCAUCUAGUGGUUACUUCUCACUGAAGUGAAUGGCAUUGCAUUUUAGAAAAAAAAUUGUGAAAUACAUGUUUGCAAAUCAACAGAAAUAAAUCUAAUUAUAAAGUCUUAA